UCCGUUGCUCAAGUGCCGAAGCGAGUAUUUAAUAGACACUCUCCUUGGUGACCAAACUGCCUGCUCUCUUGCAUAUCGAGGUCUCCCCGAACUUUUCACAUCCGAAUGUCACGCCAUGUUUUUCAAGACAGAUAUCCUGAGCAGCCUUCUCUUGGCGGUUGUCUCGUACGCGGCCUUUAGGAUCCUGCUCCUGGUCAGAAAGAAGGGGCCGCAUCCAAUGCCGCCGGGGCCAAAACCUUGGCCAAUAUUGGGAAACAUCACUGACUUACCAAGGACUGGUGUUCGAGAGUGGGAGUUUUGGCUGGAACACAAGAGUAGAUAUGGACCAAUUAGUUCCGUCACCGCCCUCGGGACUACGAUUAUUGUGCUAAAUUCACCUCAGGUGGCAUUCGAACUACUAGAAAAGCGCUCUGCUAUAUACUCAUCCAGGCCGAAUCUGAUAUUUGGCAAUGAAAUGUGUGGCUGGGGAGACCUUCUCGCAACCCAGUUCUAUAAUGACCGCUUACGCGCCUACCGAAAACCUAUUCAUGCCCUAGUUGGAACAAAAUCAGGCGUUUCACGUUACAACGACCUCCAAGAACUCGAGGUGCAUCGCUUUUUACUUCGUGUGUUGAACAAACCUGCCAAUCUAUUGGACCAUAUUAGGACCGAGGCCGGGGCAAUCAUACUGAAGAUGGCCUACGGUUACACAAUCGAGCCGCACAAGCGAGACCCGCUUGUCGACAUAGCAGACGAGGCGUUAUUGCAAUUUUCGGCAGCUACGGUCCCUGGUGCUUGGCUGGUCGAUACCAUUCCAAUUUUGAGACAUAUUCCCAGCUGGGUUCCAGGAGCCGGCUUCCAAAAGACGGCAAUCAAGUGGAAAGCAACGCUGGAUGAGCUCGCAGAGAGGCCUAUGCAGUUCGUUAGAAAGAAGAUGAAGGAACAAGAGUUCGAGACAUCUUAUGUGUCUGCGAUAUACGAGAGAGCGGGUGGAAAACUGAACGCGGAGGAAGAACACGUCUUGAAGUACAGCGCGGCUUCUCUUUACACCGGUGGCGCUGACACGUCGGUCAGUUCCAUCACUACGUUCUUUCUGGCCAUGGCAUUGCAUCCUGAAGUGCAACACAAGGCGAGAGAGGAGAUAGACCGCGUGAUAGGAGAAAAUCGCCUCCCGACAGUUGAGGACCGCGGAAAUCUCCCAUAUGUCGAGGCUGUUGUCAAGGAGGUAUUUCGCUUUCACCCCGUCGUGCCCAUGGGGCUCCCUCAUUUGGCCACCGAGGACGACCUCUACGAAGGUUACUUGAUCCCAAAGGACGCGAUAAUUGUCCCGAAUAUCUGGUGGUUCACUCAUGAUCCAUCAGUGUAUGCAAAGCCAGAGAUCUUUGACCCAUCGCGAUUUCUCGGACCUAGCCCCGCACCAGAUCCAUAUAGCUAUGUUUUCGGGUUUGGCAGGCGUUCUUGCCCUGGGAAGAUGCUCGCGGACGCAUCCGUAUGGCUCACAGUUGCUCGAUCACUCGCUGUGUUCGACAUUUCGAAAUUCCGUGAUGACGCUGGUAAUGAGAUUCAGCCGGCUGUCAAAUUCUCAGCAGGCAUCCUCAGUCAUGCUGAGCCAUUUCAGGCAAGCAUUAAGCCUAGAAGCCCUGAGCAUGAGGGCUUGAUAAGAAAGGUUGAGAAAGAAAAUCCAUGGAAGGAAAGCAGUGCCAGCGAGCUUGACCCAGUGGCUACCUGACGACGCCCUUGUGAGUGACACGAGAUACAACUGUACCUAAUGAAACUCUUGUUGUCGGAGGAUCUUUGCCGACACCGUGCUGGUCUUUCAAUCCGGUUUCAGGAACUUGGGAAUUCAGGGAAGGUGAUCAAUCUGCAGGACUAAGGCAUCCAUAGAGUUAGUAUUUUGCUCCAUCUCAUGCGAGCUUGUGGGCAACUUACUAGGCACUCUAUUAAUAUCGGGCCUCUGUCCAAGCAACCUAGUGAAGAAGGUUUCACAGCGAGAUUUAUAUCUACUAGCAGUUGUCUCAAUGCACUGGUUUUC